AUGAUAUUUCCAUGUAUUUUGAUUAAAUUUACUUCUGGUUAUACAAACGAAGACACGCUCGUCAUUCCGGAAGGUACGAAUGAAACAACUCCAUAUCAAUAUGCUAAUUAUAAUAAUUUCACUAAUAUCAUUUUUCCAGAUUCAUUAGUUACAAUCAAUGAGAGAUCUUUUUAUAAUUGCACAAGCCUACAAAGCCUUGAAUUACCUCCAAACUUAACAAAAAUUUCAAAAUACGCCUUUUCAUUUUGCAUUAGCUUGCAAAAAAUCAUAUUUCAUUCAAAUAUUGAUACCCUUGAUGACAGACUGUUCGAGCAUUGCACAAGUCUUGAAAAAAUACAAUUUCCACCUUCAUUGAAACAAAUCAGUGGUAAUGCAUUUUUAAAUUGUAUUAAUCUUGGUAAAAUAUCAUUUCCAGAUACAAUAAAACGUAUUUCAAAUUGUGCAUUUCUAAAUUGUCAAAAGUUAACAUUUGAAUCUUUGCCAAAAUCAUUAUUUUGGAUUGGAAGGAAUGCAUUUGACUCAUGUGAAAGCAUAAAAAGUAUUGAGAUACCAAAAUCUACUCAAUUUAUAGAAGGAUUCUCUUUUGCGUUUUGCACUCAAUUAGAAAGAAUAGUUUUUUUAAAUCCUCGUACAUAUUUAUCAGGAUGUAAUUUUCGCAAAUGUGAAAAACUGACCUAUAUUAAACUACCAUCAGUACUUGAUGCCAUCGGCCAUCAUUUAUUUUGGUCCUGCACUAAUUUGGAAUCAAUUAUCUUACCUGAUACUAUUAAAAAAAUAGGUGAAUCGGCCUUUUAUGAAUGUUUCAAUUUAAAAGAAAUGAAAUUACCGAAGAAACUUACAGAAAUUGGUGUAUCAGCUUUUUAUAAGUGUUAUUCAUUAAUUAACAUAAUACUUCCAGAAAAGCUAGAUUUAGUAAGACCUAAAGCUUUUAUGAAUUGCAUUGGUAUAAAAAAUAUUUCAUUCCUAAAUAAAUCAACAUCUAUUGGCGGUUCCUGCUUCGCGGGUAUGACAUCUUUAGCUAAUAUUACUCUUCCAAGCGAAUUGAUAGCAAUUUAUAAAAACACAUUUUUAGAUUGUGUGAGUUUGAAUUAUAUAAAGAUUCCAAACACAGUAUUGAAAAUUGAUGCAUUUUCUUUUUUCAACUGUUCUAAACUUCGAAAUAUAGAAUUACCAAGCGGCAUAACUGAAAUUUCUGAAAAUUGCUUCGGCAAUUGUGUUUCUCUUGAGACAAUUAUAAUAAACUCUAAUAAUUUAUUGUCAAUUGAAAAAUAUUCGUUCCAAUAUUGCGUUUCUUUGAAAUCAAUACCACUACCUGUUUCAAUUCGAAUUAUCAAACCAUUUGCAUUUUUAUCUUGUCAUCAUCUAACAGAGUUGAAUUUUCCAGAUACUCUAACUGAGAUUUGUGAAAAAUCUUUCUAUGAAUGUACAUCAUUAGUUCGAAUUAAUUUACCAAAAGGUCUUAGUAUAUUAGGAAAAAAUUCAUUUUCCAAUUGUGCAUCAUUGAAAGAAAUUAUUAUUGAAUCAAAUUGUUCAUUCGGACAAAACGUUUUCGAAAACAGCAGUAUGAUUGAGCAUUUAAUCUUUUCGUAUCCAAAUGUUAACAUAUUUAAGGAGAAGAUGCUAACAUCGUUAGUCAGAUCAAUUACAUUCAAUCCAUCUAUCAAAGAAUAUCAAUCACUCGUCAAAUUUGAAAAUCUAGGAAAUAUUUAUAUUAAUACAUAA